UAUUUCAUCGAGAGAGGAUGCGAAAGGAAAGAAGGGGAGGGAAAGAAUGAAGGGAACCGUCGGAGAAAAGUAUGCAGGGCAUGAGUAAAAGGGUCUCAGCAGCUGACAGCGCGUCUAACGACCAGGGGCUCGGCUAAGAAUGAUUUAUUGAAAGGGGCACUUUGAGAUAUGAUGAGGUUUCUCUCUGGUUGGCAAUAGUACUAUGAUUUGGUAUGUGGCCACUUUGAUAGCAAGUGUAUUCAGCACCAGAGGAACAGCUGCUCAAGGUGCCCACGGAGUCAGAGAGGAGCCCCAGUUUGUGACGUCCCGCGCUGGGGAGACUGUGAUUCUGGGAUGUGACGUGGUUCACCCACUCAACGGCCAGCCCUACGUGGUGGAGUGGUUCAAGUUUGGAGUUCCCAUCCCCUUCUUCAUCAACUUCCGCUUCUACCCUCCCCAUGUGGACCCCGAGUACGCCGGCCGAGCCACCCUGCAUGGCAAGUCAUCUCUACGUAUUGAGAGGGUUCGAUCAGAAGACCAGGGCUGGUACGAGUGCAAGGUCCUGAUGCUGGAACAACAGUACCACACCUUUCACAACGGCAGCUGGGUGCAUCUCACGGUCAACGCUCCUCCGACGUUCACAGACACACCGCCGCAGUAUGUAGAGGCCAAAGAGGGAGGCAGCAUCACUCUGAGCUGCACCGCGUUCGGCAAUCCCAAACCUUCAGUCAGCUGGUUGAGAGAGGGCAACCCCGUGCAGGACAGCACCAAGUAUAAGGUGAGUGAUGGCAGUCUGACGCUGGUUUCCAUCAGCCGUGAGGACAGGGGUGCAUACACAUGCCGGGCAUACAGCGAACAAGGAGAGGCCGUCCACACCACACGCCUGCUCGUGCAAGGAUCCCCAUUUAUUGUCUCACCGCCAGAGAACAUAACCGUAAACAUUUCCCAGGAUGCAUUCUUCACUUGUCAGGCCGAGGCUUACCCUGGCAACCUAACAUACACCUGGUUCUGGGAGGAAGAUAACGUCUUCUUCAAGAAUGAUCUGAAGCGCAGAGUGAGUAUUCUGAUCGAUGGUUCACUCAUCAUCUCCCAGGUGAAACCAGAGGAUGCUGGGAAAUACACCUGCAGUCCGAGUAACAGCCUCGGCCGCCCACCUUCAGCAUCAGCGUACCUGACAGUGCAUUACCCUGCCCGUGUGAUAAACAUGCCACCCGUUAUUUACGUGGCCAUUGGACUGCCGGGGUACAUCCGCUGCCCGGUGGAUGCCAACCCGCCUGUCACUUCAGUGAAGUGGAAAAAAGACGGCCUGCCUCUGCGGAUAGAGAAGUACCCUGGUUGGAGCCAAAUGGAAGAUGGGAGCAUUCGAGUGUCUGAGGUGACAGAGGACUCUCUCGGCACCUACACCUGCGUGCCUUACAAUAGCCUCGGUACCAUGGGGCCGUCCCCUCCCGCCCCCCUGGUGCUAAAGGAUCCACCCAAAUUUUUGGUGGUUCCUGGAGGGGAGUACAGGCAGGAGGCUGGUCGAGAGCUAGUCAUCCCCUGUGAGGCAGAAGGAGACCCAUUCCCCAACAUUACAUGGAGAAAGGUAGGGAAGCCCAGCAGAAGCAAGCACAACGUCCUACCGAGAGGCAGCUUACAGUUCAAAUCUCUCAGCAAGGAGGACCACGGGGAGUGGGAGUGUGUCGCCUCCAAUGUCGCCACGAGCAUCACUGCCAGCACGCACCUCCUAGUAAUCGGCACAAGCCCACACGCCCCCGCCAAAGUCCACGUUACGGUCUCGACGACCUCGGCCAAUGUCUCGUGGGAUUCCAGUUAUGAUGGCGGCUUUGAGCAGACAUUCUCAGUCUGGGUGAAGAGGGAGCAGUUGGGACCGCAUGACUGGCUGUCCAUGCCUGUGCCCAGCGGACAGCACUGGCUCCUGGUGCAAGGUCUGGAGCCCGAGACGGCCUACCAAUUCAGCGUCCUGGCCCAGAACAAGCUGGGGACGGGCCCAUUCAGCGAGGUCGUCACUGUGAACACACUAGUAUUUCCUAUAAGUACCCCAGAACCACUGGUGCUGCUUACCCCACCACGGUGCCUCACAGCCAACCGGACACAGCAGGGAGUCCUGCUCACAUGGAUCCCUCCAGCCAAUCACACGUCGCCAAUCGAUCACUACAUCAUGGAUUUCCGCCUCGGGGAGAGAUGGGAUGUUCUUGAUGAUGCAAUUCCUGCUGGAGAGACUGAGCUCUUGGCCAGAGACCUGAUUCAGGAGGCCUGGUAUGAGUUCAGAGUGAUGGCGGUUAUGGAAGACCUUGUCAGUGAGCCCAGUAAUGUAGUGGGAGUCUCUAGCACAGACUACUUCCCACCGCCUGAGGUGCCAGACGAGGGCCUGGCGCGGCCGGUGGUGGCAGGCAUUGUGGCCACCAUCUGUUUCCUGGCAGCCGCCAUCCUCUUCAGCACGCUAGCAGCCUGCUUCGUCAACAAACAGAGACGGCGUAAGCUCAAGAGGAGACGAGAUCCCCCUCUGUCUAUAACACACUGCAGAAAGAGCGUGGAGACUCCGAGUCCUCUUACCCCUCUGCCUGGCAUUGAACCCUACUGGGAUGGGCAGGAACGGAGCAGCUGCAGGCCUCCGCCCUCCAGUCCUCUGUCAUCUUCCGGAAAGAUUAGUCCAGAAAGCAUUCGCUCAAUAGGACCUCCUUCAGAGUCUUCAGAGGAUGGUUUACGAGCUAAGAAGUUUCCUCAAAGUCCUGCCAAGGAGGAGCUGUCCUUAUACAAGAAGACCAAGAGAGCAAUAAUUAGCAAGAAAUACAGUGUCUCUAAGCAUGAGGCGGAGGCUACUACACCAAUCGAAUUGAUCAGUCGUGGCCCAGAUGGGCGCUUUGUUAUGGAUCCCACUGAUUUGGAAACUCCAGUUAAGGCACGGCGCAUUGAGGGCUUCCCCUUUGUGGAGGAGUCUGACCUGUAUCCUGAAUUUCGACAGUCAGAUGAGGAGAAUGAUGAUCCGGGGCCCAUGCCGCCUGUGAUGGCUACCCUCAGACCCCAUCAGAUUUCCCCCAUUUCAUCUAGCCAAGAGUCAUACUUGCAGCCUCCAGCCUACAGUCCCCGCUUUCAGAGGCCCAUGGAAGGCAUGACUAUUAUGGAGACCAGUCGCCUCCAGGCUACAGGGCAGAUCCGUGGUGCUCCUCACUUCCGAGCCUUUACCCAUGGCCAGUUCUACAGCUAUUUGGGAAGUCCAGGAGAACCUGAGCCACCUCCUCCCUUCUACAUGCCGGACACCAGCCCUCUCAGCUCUGUAAUGUCGUCUCCUCCAUACCACCUGGAGGGACCUUUUGGUCAUCCUACCAUACCAGAGGAAAUUGGUGAGGGAGAGAUUCAGCAUUAUGCAGUCUCUGGCUACACCCUUCCCUUGGCACACCCCUCCACCUCGCGCUCUCCAGACAUCUGGCAGAGACCAGAUUUCACCUUUGCUACAAUAGAGGGUCCUCACUUUAUUUUCCCACCACCACACCCUUUGCAUCUUCAUCCGGAACCUCCCCUUCCUCCCCCUCUUGUUCUUCCUCCUAGUGCGCUCCAGCCCUCCACACUUCAAGUAUCUCCUUACCCUGGUAUCCUGCAGCUGGAGGCCCCAAAGAGCCACCCAGGCAAGUCUCCCAGCAAGGUCAAGCCUCAGGGCCUUCCAGCCAAGCGUUUACCUAUGCAAGAGGCACAGAGUCUAGGGCAGCUAAGACACACAAGCCACGGUAUGGGUGUACCGGUAUUGCCUUACCCUGACCCAGUGUCUCACAUGGUUGGCCCAAGCUCGUUCGGAAGCCUGGACACCAGAUGGUACGAGCUUACACCCAGGCUUAGCCCCAGACAACCCCGUAGGAUGGAACCCAGCAUGGUUGUUCUCCAGCCAUCCCGUCUCUCACCUCUAACUCAGAGCCCUAUUAGCUCUCACGAAGGCUCACCAGAGAUUGUAGUUCGUCCCAGACCCCGUCCUAGUAUGAUCCAACCUCCGAUCCCUCCUGAGAUGUCUGAGAUCACCCUUCAACCUCCUUCUUCAGCUAGCUUCUCUAGGAGGUCCUCCCCUUCCUCCUCUCCUGCUCAAGGCCAAGGCAGCCGAAGGGCAAGUCCCAGCUACCGAUCCCACAUGGCAUUUGCCACCUCAGCGACAAGUUAUCCGUCACAGUCCCCUUCACCUCCUGUAGAAAGCAGCAACAUUUUUGGGCAGAUGCCAAUGCAGAGGAGGACUGAGGAGGAGAUCCUUCCAUCAGAACCCUCUCCACCCCAGUUAUCAGCUUCAGGAAAACGUCGAGGUGCACCAAGUGGCUCUGCAGGGUCUGAGAGGAUAGAAGCACUGAGAUAUCAACGAGUGAAAAAAGCCAAGAAAGUUGGCAUCAACAAUAACAACUCCAAGGCCAGACGAAAGACGGGUGUGCCCCCCUCUCAGACCCAGCAGCCCCACACCUCUCAGGUCCUCCAGCCAGAAGAAGCUCUCUACCUCCGCAAGAAGAAGAAAAAGUUAACACGCCAGGACCCGUACGCCCGCUUCUCCGCUCUGCUGUACCGUCGCCCGCCCCGAGAAGACCAGAAAGCCAUUUUGGCUAGUAUGGACACAGCAGACCCAGACCACGCCACUCUCCUCUGAAGUCCCAGAGACUACAGGCCACACUCGCCCCAAACCUGAGCUCCUUCCACCUUCGCUCAGCCGGCCAACGUCUUCACAUCCACAGCCAACCCCAAUGGUUUACUUCUAUUCUCUGUUAUGUUACACUUAAUCUGAAUGCAUGCGAUCCAAGGUUUUGCUCCAGUUCGUUUACCUCAAAUUCAGAAGGAUUGGUCAUUUUGAGCGGAUUGAAAGGAAAAUAUUAUAAGCUACAUCUUAUCUUUGGGAUUUAGUGACUCCUAUCAGACGGUGUAUCUGAUAAGAGUGCAGUUGCCAAGCCUUCUGCCAACAGUCUCGACCAUAUCUUGCAGUAGAUCACAGGGUUCUUACAGGUAUACCUCAAAAUCACCACAAGCCCAGUGCUGUUACAGUAUAACC